AUGGUGAGCCUGCGCCCGGCGGCGUCCUGGUUCGGCAACCCCCGUCGACAGUGGCAGCAAGCACGGGUACGCUUUAGUCAGCUACAGCGCUGGGAUCAGCGCGUGCGUGACGGGCGAGCAGUGGCAGCGGGCGCUGGCGUUGCUGAGCGACAUGUGGGAGGCGAAGCUGGAGCCCGACGUCAUCCUCAGCUACAAUGCUGGGAUCAGCGCGUGCGAGAAGGGCGAGCAGUGGCAGCGGGCUUUGGCGCUGCUGAGCGAGAUGCGGGAGGUGAAUCUGCAGCCCAACGUCAUCUCUACAGCGCUGGGAUCAGCGCGUGCGAAAAGGGCGGGCAGUGGCAGCGGGCGUCGUUGCUGCUGGGCGAGAUGUGGGAGGUGAAGCUGCAGCCCAACGUCAUCUUCAGCUACAGCGCUGGGAUCAGCGCGUGCGAGAAGGGCGAGCAGUGGCAGCCAGCGCUUGCGCUGUUGAGCGAGAUGUGGGAGGUGAAGCUGGAGCCCAACGUCAUCUACACCUAUAACGCUGGGAUCAGCGCGUGCGAGAAGGGCGAGCAGUGGCAGCGGGCCGCUGGGAUCAGCGCGUGCGAGAAGGGCGACAGUGGCGGCGGGCGCUGGCGCUGCUGA